UCAUUUUUGAACUAUAAUAAUACUAAUACUAGUACAGUACGAACUUGACUCUCCAAAAUCUGUGUCCGAAAUCAAUCAAUCAAUGUCCCAAACCAUGGAGGCGUUACGGUUAUCCACGCCGCAACCACUCCUCCAUCGCCACCACACUCUCCACAGAAUGCACCGCACAACGCUUCAUUCAAACCCUCGUUUCAACCCUUUCAUCGCCGCCGCACUUUCCAAACCCGUAGACACUGUUUCCUCUCCUUUACUCUCUUCCGUUGAGUCAUCGCCAGUGUCUAUUCCUCCAUUGAAAGUUUCGUCCAAUUCCCUUCAGUAUCCACCUGGUUAUCUCGGAGCUGUUCCUGACCGCUCAUAUUCCGAUGACGGCAAUGUCUUAGUUAGUCCUAUGUUAUAUUUGACCAGUAUACUCACUUCUAAGGUCUAUGAUGUUGCUAAAGAAACCCCUCUUGAAUUGGCGCCAAAGCUUUCCGAAAGACUUGGUGUUAAUAUUUGGCUUAAACGAGAAGAUCUUCAACCCGUAUUCUCAUUUAAGCUCCGUGGAGCUUAUAAUAUGAUGGCUAAACUUCCUUUGGAUGUUUUGGAGAAAGGGGUUAUAUGUUCUUCAGCUGGAAAUCAUGCUCAAGGAGUUGCAUUGGCCGCUAAGAGAUUGAAUUGCAACGCCGUUAUUGCAAUGCCCGUUACUACUCCCGACAUCAAGUGGAAAUCUGUGGAGAGGCUGGGUGCUACUGUUGUCCUUAUUGGAGAUUCCUAUGAUGAAGCACAAGCAUAUGCUAAGAACCGCGCUAAAGAGGAUGGUCGUACAUUCAUACCCCCUUUUGAUCAUCCUGAUGUCAUUAUGGGUCAGGGAACUGUAGGGAUGGAAAUUGUACGCCAAAUGAAGGGUCCGGUUCAUGCAAUCUUUGUGCCUGUGGGAGGUGGUGGUCUCAUUGCUGGGAUUGCUGCUUACGUGAAGAGGAUAAAUCCAGAGGUGAAGAUAAUUGGGGUGGAACCCAAUGAUGCAAAUGCAAUGGCUUUGUCACUUCAUCAUGGCCACAGAGUGAUGCUGGACCAGGUCGGAGGAUUUGCAGAUGGUGUGGCUGUUAAAGAGGUUGGUGAGGAAACUUUUCGUUUGUGCAAAGAGUUGGUAGACGGCGUUGUUCUUGUAAGCCGUGAUGCAAUUUGUGCAUCAAUAAAGGACAUGUUUGAGGAAAAAAGGAGCAUAUUAGAACCAGCAGGCGCUCUUGCUCUUGCUGGAGCUGAGGCAUACUGCAAGUAUUAUGGGCUCAAGGGGGAAAAUGUUAUAGCAAUAACCUCUGGAGCAAACAUGAAUUUUGAUAAACUUAGGAUAGUAACUGAACUUGCUAAUGUUGGUCGUAAACAAGAAGCUAUACUGCAAACUAUCUUGCCGGAGGUGCCUGGCAGUUUCAAACAGUUUGCUGAAUUGGUGGGGCAGAUGAAUAUUACAGAAUUCAAAUACCGAUAUAAUUCCAGUGAAGAAGCUGUUGUCCUUUACAGUGUUGGGGUUCACACAGCCUCAGAACUAAAAGAAAUGCAGGAGAGAAUGGAAUCUUCUCAACUUGAAACUCACGAUCUCUCCGAUAUGGACUUGGUGAAAGAUCAUUUUCGUCACCUGAUGGGAGGCCGACCGAAUAUUCAGAACGAGGUUCUUUGUCGUUUUACCUUUCCAGAAAGACCUGGUGCUUUGAUGAAAUUUUUGGACUCCUUCAGUCCACGUUGGAAUAUCAGUUUAUUCCACUACCGUGCGCAGGGUGAAACUGGAGCAAAUGUAUUAGUUGGAAUACAAGUUCCAAGCAGUGAGAUGGAUGAAUUCCAUGAUCGUGCCAACGGACUUGGGUAUGAAUAUAAUGUGGUGGUUAAAACCGUUGCCACACAGCGUUUAAUAUAUUGAUCGAAUUGUUUUAGGAACUUGUCACUACAAAUUAUUGUGUAUUUUAGUGCAGUAGAUUAUCAUAUACUAUUUAUUUCAAUAGUGAACUUCAAAGAUUGGUAGAGGAAAUGACGAAUAGCGAAUGGCCUCCAAAACUUUCACAAGUUGACUCAAGGAAUUAACAAUUUUUACAUUAUGUGGUACUUAAUA